CGAUGGAGCCGGAGUCCUGCCGCAGGGCCGCGCCGGCCGAGGACGCCGUGCGGUACCGGCUGUUCGCCCUGCCGGGGGCGGGCGGCCGGGAGCGGCUGCGGCGCUGUAACGACGGCAUCGCGGAGCGCCUGGCCCCGCUGCUGGCCGCGUACAUCUGGCAGCGGCAGCCAUUCCGGCUGCGAUACGUGCCGCCGUGCGGAGACACUCCGGAGCACAUCGGCGGCACCACGCUGUUCGGGGACAACGUGGAGGACGAGUGGUUCAUCGUCUACCUCGUGCGGGAGAUCAGCCGGGCCUUCCCGGAGCUGGUAGCCAGGAUCGAUGACAGCGACGGCGAGUUCCUGCUGAUCGAGGCGGCCGAUUUCCUCCCGGAGUGGCUGAGUCCUGAGAACAGCGAGAACAGGGUGUUCUUUUACAAAGGAGAGCUGCACAUCAUUCCUCUGUCAGAGACCGAAGAGCAGCAGUGGGAGGAGCUGCCUGCUGAAAGCCUCACCAUCUCCAAAGCGUUGGCGUUGUUAUCUGCCCAUUCAGAGGAGUUCCUGGCCGCAGAACCCAUUCGAAGAGCUGUGUAUAAACGCAUCAGCGGAUAUCCGGAGAAAAUCCAGGCCUCUUAUCACCGAGCACACUGCUACCUCCCUGCAGGCAUCGUGGCAGUGUUGAAGCAGCGCCCGUCACUGGUGGCUGCAGCAGUCCAGGCCUUUUACCUGCGGGAUCCCACCGAUCUGAGAGCAUGUCGCUCUUUUCGCACCUUCCCUCCAGAGGAACGUGUGAUGACCAUGGUUACGUUCACCAAGUGUUUGUACGCACAGCUCGUGCAGCAGAAGUUUGCCCCAGACAGACGCAGUGGAUACACACUGCCCCCUCCAUCCCACCCGCAGUACAAAGCCCACGAGCUGGGCAUGAAGCUGGCUCAUGGCUUUGAAAUUUUGUGCUCCAAAUGCACUGAAGUGUCUCCUGACCUGAAGAGGAAUGUGUUCAGGGGUCCCCUGUGGGAGAGGUACCUCGGCAGCCUGAAGGAAAAAGAGUAUUUUAAGGGAGAAAUGGAAGGCUCUGCAAAGUACUUGGAGCUGUUGCAUCUGACAGAACAUUACUUCCAGCAUUCUGUUAAUAAGCUAGAAAGCCCCAUUGAAAUGAGUCCUGGUGAUGAAAUCUUGACGUUGCUACGAACAACAACGUUUGAUGUGAAGGAAUUUGAGAGAGAAGCAACUUGCCUUCCUCCAGAGGAUGAUGACAGUUGGCUGGAGAUUUCUCCGGAUGCUCUGGAUCAGAUGCUGAAGGAGGCAACAGUUGAAUCCCACCCUUCCUCAAAUGAAGAAGAGCAGAAAUAUGACUUGGAAGCAGUUGCUGAAAGUAUGAAGGCUUUCGUGUCCAAAGUCUCAACGCACAAAGGGGCGGAAGUGCCAUGGUCAUCUGAUGAAACCAAUGUUACCUUCGAUGUAGAUUCUUUCACAAAGGCGUUAGACAGAAUUUUAGGGGCAGACUCAGAAGAGCUGGAUUCUGAUGAUCUGGAUGAAGAGGAGGAGUUUGACUUCUCAGAUGAGGAUGAAGAUGACCUGGAUGCUGAAAAUCGAAGGGAAGACGACGAGGUAUCAGCUCAUGAACUUAUAGGCAGUCUUAAGUCAUAUAUGGAUGAAAUGGACCGUGAGCUGGCACAAACCAACGUUGGAAAAAGUUUUACCACUCAGAAGAAAGGGGCAAGUUCCGCUAAAGCAACAACAUUGCAAAAUACUGGCCUUGACUCUGAAGAGGAAGAUGCUCAGUUGACACCAGUUGAUGUGGAUAUGAACCUAGUAACUAAUCUGCUUGAAUCUUACAGCGCUCAGGCUGGACUGGCAGGACACACCUCUAACAUUUUACAGAGCAUGGGGGUGUAUUUACCUGAAAAUACAGAUCGUGCCAGUUCUGGUGAGGGUGCAGCAGAAUGAGAGACUGUCUUAAUUCAGAAGACAUGACUGACUGGGAAAAGAGACAUGGGAAGAGCAGCAGCAUUUGGAAGGAGAGACAAGAUCUGCAUUUAAAGCACACUAUACAUGUGUUUUGUGUGGCUUCAAAGACGUAAAGGGAAUUUACCUGGAAGCGGAAGGACAGCGCUCUCUUGUUUGGAUUUGGGAAUGCUGAUCCAAUGCUCAUCAGCCAUUUUAAUUUCCACAAGUACCAGUGCUGCUUUGGAAGAACUUUUGAUAAUUGCUAUAUUUGGUUUUGUUUUGUUUUGUUUUGUUUACUAAUUAGGAGUAUUUGAUGACGAGUAACCUGAUAGAAUCUGUAAAUAUUGCUAUAUUUUGUGAAUUCAUUUAAAAUAAAACCAGAAGCACAACGUGAUUGCUGGAGCUGCUUUGUUGCUUUGAAGGCAUGCAUAACUCCUGUAGCAAAGCAAUGCAAGUUCUCGAAGUUGAAGCAUUUUCACAGGGGCCUAUUUUGGGUUUUAUUAGGACUGAGCAUCGGUUGUGUGCCAUCAGCAGCUGAUGAAUCCAUCCCUAUUCUAGUAACAGCUGUCUCUCAAAGUUUAUUUCACCUACAAGGUUCUGUUUGUCCUCUGGAGUGAGUAAGUUGUAUUUGCACUUAAAGGAGCUACAAGCCAGUGCAAUUUUGGAUUAAUUUCUGGUCAAGUUACCUGGAGCCAGGUUGACCUUCACAACCUACUUGUCAGGUAUGGGCUGAUGCUCUAUGGAGAGCCUCCUUUGAGUCUCUGUAUAGUUCCUGCAUUUCUUCAUGGCUAGUGAUGAUGGAGUUUACAGGAAAGGAAAUACAGCAGUUGGUUACAAAUGCCAAAUGCUUUAGUUGGUGUCCAUUCUGAUGUGUCUUUACAAGUCUUAAUGUCAAGAGGGAGACUGCCUAACGCUUUGUGACAUUCAAGGCUAUUGAAGGGUUUUCAUACUAGCAACCUGUAAAGCAAAAUAGUCCUAAUCAGCUGUUGGUUUAGGAAAAAACCCUUUUGUAUUUGUUAUUUGAGGGCCAUAGCAAUAAAGAAUGCAUUAAAAUGUGUUCAGCUUGUGGGAUGAGCACAGCAGUUGUUUGCAUGCAGAGGCUGUGAGAGUAUCUUGAGAACAUAGAUGGCACUACAUGCUCAGAAACAGGCAGCUGAGUGUGUUCAUGUGUUUAUCUAGGAUGAGAGCAGGGAGCGAGAGAAAAGCACGUGGUAAUUGGGGUGUUGUGAAAACAUCCCCUGUUAACCAUUUCUUAGUUCUGAUGGUUCCAAGGAAGUCAGGGGUCACAAACGAACAGUGACAUCUGAGCACCAACACAUGUGGGAUGUGCUCUGUUUUCUCCUAGGGUAAAGCGACUUAAAUUAUCCUCUGGCUUAUAGCAGGUUAUCUGUCAUACCUGAGUUCAGAUUUGUCAUGUUUCUUACUCUCAGUUCUUCCUUUGUGUCAUCCUGUGCCUUCUGAAUAUGGAAUAGAUGUGCUUUUUCACAAGUUUUGGAUGAUUAUGAAGCAGUUUAAAUCCUGAUAAUGUGAUAGAGACAUCUGCUACCUACUGAGCUUCCAGUUUCAACUGCAGCAUAUUUUAUCCUUGUUUAUAGCUUGAAGGAAAAAGACUCAGUUCAGUAGACAUGAUUAGUUAAGGGUUAAUUGUCAUAAUACGGAAUAGCAAAACUAAUGGAACCUAUACCUGCUGUACCUUGCUGUCUUAGGCUUGAAGUCCUUGUUAUAAAUUUCUCAAGCCUUUAUUUCAGUGCUGCAUAGAAAAGACUGUGUGGACAUGCAGUGUUCUCAGUCCACUCCUUAGUAUGUUCUUACAUGCUUUUAAUAUGUUAAAAAUGGCUUUCUUGCCUUGUUGGUGGUGAAGAUAAGCCAUCCACCCCUCCCGAAGCUAUUUAAUAUGUAGUAGAAAGAAGCCUCUGCAUUGUGUUCUUGUUAAGCUUCUAAACAGCAACUAAUACAGGCUCUUAAGUUAUUUUAUGAUGCUGCUAUGCCUGCUGAUUCAUUCUGAACUUCCAUUAAUAUGUGUGUUACUGUCUGUCUAACCCUAGUGUUUUUGAAAAUCAGCUAAUAUUUCUUCUUUUUCUGUGUAAUACCCACCUGUGCACAAUACAGUUUAUGUUGUUUUAU